AUGCACCACAACCAAACUGAACUACAUUCAACCUCCGAAAUUGCACAUGCCUUUGCUGAGACAUUCCAAUCAAACAAUAGCAAUGCAAAUUAUGAGGAGAACUUUCUAAAUUUCAAAAAUGAAACUGAAAAUAAUAUCACAAUUAACCCCUAUCCUCAACCUGACAACGCGGAAUAUAAUCACCCAUUCAAUAUAAAAGAACUCCACCUCGCACUUCACAACUGUAACAGCAAAAGUCCUGGACCUGACGAUAUUCCUUUCACCUUCUUGAAAAACUUAUCGGAUAAUGCUAUCAACACUCUCCUCGCAAUUUUCAACUUAAUUUGGAACAAUGGAAUUUUCCCCAAUCAAUGGAGACAGGCACUCGUAAUCCCUAUACUAAAACCAGACAAAGAUAAAUUUAAUAUUCUUAGCUACCGUCCAAUUUCGCUUAUCAGUACCCUAAGCAAAUUACUUGAAAAAAUGAUAAACAAACGCUUAGUGUGGUUUCUCGAAACGAACAAAAAAUUCACAAAACAACAAUGCGGCUUCCGCAUAAACCAUUCAACCCACGAUGUCUUAGCUACACUUCACACUGAUAUAACUGAAUCAAUAAUUAAAAAACAACACCUUAUCCUAAUUGCUCUCGAUAUAGAAAAGGCCUAUGACAUGGUAUGGAAAAAAAAAGUACUAUCCUCCCUCCAAAAAUGGAACAUCACAGGAAAUAUGCUAGCCUUUAUUCACAAUUUCCUUCUAGAUCGAAAAAUCCAGGUAAAACUAGGCAAUACACUUUCCGAACAUCUAGACAUUGAGAACGGACUACCGCAAGGAUCAUCAAUAAGUGUCACAUUGUUUCUCGUUGCCAUUAAUGACAUAUUUAAUAACAUAAAGCCUCCCAUAAAAUGCACACUAUUCGCCGAUGAUUGCAACAUAUAUUGCAGAGGAGCUAAUAUCAAAACUACUGUAGCACUUCUCCAAACAGCACUAAAAGCCCUAUCUGACUGGUCCUCCAUCACAGGCUUCAAGUUCUCACCAGCCAAAACUCAUUGCAUAAUUUUCAAUAACAAAAAAAAAAAUGAAACAAUCCAUCAUGUAUACCUAAACAACACAAAAAUUGAAUACACUGAAAGCAUCCGUAUACUCGGGAUGAUAUUUGACAGCAAAUUCACAUGGGUCCCACACCUCAAAAAUCUAAAAAAUGAAUGCAAGAAGAGAAUGAAAGUCAUCAAAACGCUGGCUCAUAACACAUGGGGAUCUGAAAAAAACAGCCUCCUCACCAUAUACAAAUCGCUCAUCCUAUCCAAAAUUGACUAUGGCUCAUUGAUCUACUACUCAGCUAACUCCAACAUCUUGCGCACUAUUGACCCUAUUCAUAAUGAAGGAAUCAGGCUUUCCAUAGGAGCUUUCCGUACCAGUCCAGUUUCCAGUAUUCUCUGCAUGGCAGGCGAGCCUCCUCUACAGAUUCGAAGAAAUAAAGAUAUCUUAAAAUACGCGGCAAAAAAGAAAAACCUUGAACACCACAUGGCAUCACAAAUAUUCACCUCCUCUCCUAGUCUCAGAACAUCAAGGAACCAUGAAAAAAUCACGGACACGUACACUAAACUAUGCAGCAAUUCAAAUUGCCUCGUCAACACGGACACCUUCUCUCCAUUUACAACAUCCCCCUUCUGGCAAUGGACCCCUAAAAUUAACACGCAGCUCCUUCAUUUCAAAAAAAACAACACUUUGCAUACAAUAAUCUCAAGAACCUUUAACAACAUCUUAUACUCUGAAUACCAGGAUUUUAAUUAUAUUUACACUGAUGCUUCCAAAACUAGUGACGGAGUAGGAUUCGCUUACUGUACUAACCAUACUUCAAAACUCUUCAAACUCCUCCCGGAAGCCAGCAUCUUCACAGCGGAAACCCAGGCGAUCAAAGAAGCAUUACUAUUCGCAAUAACAACGUUCACAAAUAAUAUUUUAAUAAUCAGCGACUCUCUAAGCGCCCUCCUAGCCAUUGAAGCACCAAACCCCUCUAAUGAAAUAAUAUACCAAAUUAAUAACAUCAUGUCCUCGACCAAAAAAGUAAUUGAGUUCAUAUGGGUUCCCUCUCACAUAGGGAUCCCAGGAAACGAAAAAGCAGAUAAACUUGCAAACGAAGCUAUCACCUCGACCUCGUCCACACUCAUUUCCACUCUCCCAUACCAAGAUAUCAAAAGAAUAAUAAACUUACACACUAUCAAUACAUGGCAAAUAUCCUGGGACGAAAUCCCAAUCUCAAAUAAAUUAAAAUGUAUCAAAAAGAAAAUUACCAAAUGGCAAACACAGCCCAAUAUUUCUAGACGGUCUGAAAUAAUAAACACAAGAACAAGAAUUGGCCAUACCAACCUCACCCACAUACACAUCAUUAAAAACGAAGAACAACCUCUAUGUAGCCGAUGCAAUGAACCACUCUCGAUUAAACACAUUGUCCUCGAUUGUCCGCUGUAUUUCAACGCAAGGACCAUUCUCAACCAACCGUCAUCGAUGGAGGAGGCACUGGGUGAACACCACACUCACCUGAUCCACAGUUUCUUCAAACACAUUGGUUUAGACACUAAAAUUUAA